AUGGACGCCGUACUGCGUCAGUCCAAGGCCAUGUGCCCAUUCCUCAAGCAGGCGUCGCCAGCUACUCUGCGCGCCCUGUCGACUACCGCUCGUCCCCAGGCCUCCCCGUGUGGCGGCGCCAUGUCCAAGUUGCAACUCCUCGGCUCGCGCUGCCCCAUCAUGGGCAAGGCUCUCGCUGUGCAGUCUGCUCGCGCCGGUCUCAGCGGUACUGCUGCCGCCAUUGCUGGUAUUCGUGCCUUUACCAACAACGCAAAGAAUGGCAAGGCCAAGAUCCACACCAGUCGCCCCAACGAGGCCAGGGCCAUGGACGGCGUCUUUACUCCCCGUGAUGCUCGUAUCCCGCCUACCAGCCCGUUGAAGCAGCAUCAACAGCAAAACGCCGCUGCGCAGCAAGCUUCCAACAAGUCGAACAACUCAACGACGGCCAAGUUUGAUUACGAUGGCUUUUACCAGGACGAGCUUGACAAGAAGCACCAGGAUAAGUCCUACCGCUACUUUAACAACAUCAACCGUCUGGCCAAGGAGUUUCCCGAGGCCCACAUGGCCGAGAAGACCGACCGGGUGACUGUGUGGUGCGCCAACGACUACCUCGGCAUGGGCACCAAUAAAAAGGUCAUCAACACGAUGCAAAAGACCCUGGAUGAGUAUGGAUGCGGAGCCGGUGGUACCAGAAAUAUCUCGGGCCACAAUAAGCACGCCGUGGAACUUGAGGGAACCUUGGCAAAGUUGCACUCCAAGGAGGCCGCGCUGGUCUUUACCUCGUGCUAUGUUGCAAACGAUGCUACCCUCGCGACCUUGGGAAGCAAGAUGCCCGACUGUGUCAUCUUGUCCGACAGCUUGAACCACGCCUCCAUGAUCCAGGGUAUCCGUCACUCUGGCACCAAAAAGAUGGUUUUCAAGCACAACGACCUGGCCGAUCUGGAGGAGAAGCUUGCAUCUCUGCCGCUACACGUACCCAAGAUUAUUGCUUUUGAGUCCGUUUACAGCAUGUGUGGCUCCAUCGGACCAAUUGAGGGUAUUUGCGAUUUGGCAGAAAAGUACGGUGCUAUUACUUUCCUCGACGAAGUUCACGCCGUGGGCAUGUAUGGACCCAGCGGUGCCGGUGUAGCCGAGCAUCUCGACUAUGAAGCGCACAAGGCUGGUCGACCCGAAGGAACUAUUCAGGACCGUGUCGAUAUCAUUACCGGAACUCUGGGCAAGGCCUAUGGCUGUGUUGGCGGAUAUAUUGCUGGCAAAGCCAAACUGGUCGACAUGAUUCGAUCUUUGGCUCCUGGCUUCAUUUUCACUACUUCGCUUCCUCCGGCCGUCAUGGCAGGCGCAAAGACUGCCAUUGAGUACCAGAUGGAACACAAGGGCGACCGUUUCCUGCAGCAGAUGCACACCCGGGCUGUGAAGGAGGAGCUGGAGGCCCGCGACAUUCCAGUCAUGCCCAACCCCUCUCACAUUAUUCCCAUUCUGGUUGGAAGCGCUGAGCUUGCCAAGAAGGCCUCGGAUAUGCUGCUCCAGGAUCACCAAAUUUACGUGCAAUCCAUCAACUACCCGACUGUGCCUCGCGGCGAGGAACGACUUAGAAUCACCCCCACGCCCGGACACAAGAAGCAGUACCGCGACCAUCUAGUCAACGCCCUCGAAGACGUUUGGACCAAGCUGGGCAUCAAGCGUACUUCGGACUGGGCUGCCCAGGGCGGUUUCGUCGGUGUUGGAGUCGAGGGCGGCUACGUUGAGCCCCCUCUGUGGACUGAUGAGCAACUGGGUAUCGACAACAAGGUCGUCCAGGAAAUCAAGGCCACCAAGCCUGCUGAUCAGAACUUUACUGAGCUGCUCCUCGAACGUGAGAACCUGGGUCGUGUGGCUAGCGCGGCCGCCUAA